AUGGCGGACAAAGAGAAGAAAAAGAAAGAGAGCAUCUUGGACCUGUCCAAGUACAUCGACAAGACCAUCCGAGUGAAGUUCCAGGGAGGCAGAGAAGCCAGUGGAAUCCUGAAAGGGUUCGACCCGCUGCUCAACCUUGUGCUGGACGGCACCAUCGAGUACAUGCGAGACCCCGACGACCAGUACAAGCUCACAGAGGACACGCGGCAGCUAGGCCUGGUGGUAUGCAGGGGCACUUCGGUGGUUCUCAUCUGCCCGCAGGACGGCAUGGAGGCCAUCCCCAACCCUUUCAUCCAGCAGCAGGAUGCCUAG